AUGAGACCUUCCGCCCUCGUUGUUUUGUUCUCGGUUUUCACCAGCCUCGUCGGUGCCAGCAUCGCUGCUAAGGGAGACCAGACUGUGGCGAUCUAUUAUGCUUACAGUCUCGAAUGGCUUGCUAAGAACAAGAAUCCAAGAUAUGUGCCCGCUUUCGCUAAGCUAUGCCAUGAGGAUCAUGACUGUAGUACAUUCGCAAAAUUCUUAGAAACGAAUAUGAGAGGCAAGCCGCUCCAGAAGGCUAAGAAUACUCUCAUUCUCAGAACUGGCGGGCCUCUCGACACCAACAAUCCUGGCGACGAAGCAGCAAAAGCAUAUUCAGAAUCUAUUUUAAGCGGAGCCUUCGACAACGAAAAGAUGUAUGGCCCUGAAACUCCAGUUCAGGAAAAAUUUGGCGUGAUGGCCACGAGGAUUAGCGACAUCGUACACCGCGCAAGAAUCUCCCUUAACGGUCAAGGACAAGACACAAUUGACAAAAUCGCCCAUCACUUCGAGAAAGUCCUUUCGCCCGACAAGGUCGCGCAGGUCGAAAGAGCCCAUGGUAUCAAAGUCCAAUUAAUGGCAGACAACCCCAACGAAAUUGACUGGCUCGCCACAUACAAGGCCAAUCCCAAUCUGGCAAGAGACGAAAAAACCCAGGGCAAAGUAAUUGAGACUCUCAACAAUUUCGAAAAGGACGUCAAGCAACCACACGAGGCCGCCAUUCAAGCAGGUAUCGAUCUCGUCAAACGACUGGAUGCGCCGCUUUCUUGUUGA